CUGAGACUGAGCACAGCAUCCCUCUGUGUUCUGGCAUCCUGGCAUGCGCAGCUUCCGCUCUCAUCAACUAGCAGAGGCUGGAGCCGCGCUGGGCUGCGGGGCGACGCGGUGCUUCUGCUCCAGGUCUGUGGGUUUGACGAAGGAUUUAACGCAUUCUUCCGGCUUGGUUUUUAACUGUUAGAUCAAGAUGGUAACCCCAGCCAUGCUUCUGUGUGUGCUCUCUUGCUUCUUCUUAUUGGCUGCUGCAAUUAAACCCAGGAUAUUUGAACCCAGAAUUUUUGACAAGGAGGCCACAGGCUUUGGGCCCAUAUUUGAGGAGGAGCCCUUGGACACAGUGUAUGCGGAGGAUUCACCUGAGAACAAAAUCUCCAUGAACUGCAGGGCACGGGCCAAUCCUCCAGCCAUUAUCAAAUGGUGGUUAAACAACUGGGAAAUUAAACUGAUGGAACAGCCUGAUGAGCACUUCAGCCUGGUUGGAGGAAACCUGGUCAUCACCAACCCAGACAAGGGCAAGCAUGCUGGGAAAUAGUGUGUGGCUAAGAACGUGUAUGGCACUGUCAUCAGCAAAGAGGCCACCGUCAAAUUUGGAUACCUCAACCAGUUCCCUACAGAUGAGAGAGAGCCAGUGAAUGUUAAGGAAGGACAGGGAGCGGUACUGCUGUGUUCUCCUCCCUCUCGCUAUCCAAGUGAGGUGUUGUUCCGCUGGAUCUACAACGACUUCCCCAACUUCAUCAUCCCAGACCAGAGGCGUUUCGUGUCUCAGACCACUGGGAAUAUGUACAUCGCUAAAGUCGAGGCAUCUGAUGUUGGGAAUUAUUCUUGCUUUGUGUCAAGCCCCACCAUCGGCAAGAGCGUUUUCAGCAUGCCGAUUCCUCUGAUUCCACAAAUAGAGAAGGAGGUGAAGCGGUAUCCUGCUGAUAUCCGUGUGAAAUUCCCCAAGACUUAUGCUUUGGUGCAUCAGAACAUCACUCUGGAGUGCUUUGCCCUUGGAAAUCCGCUCCCACACAUCCGCUGGAGGAAGUUAGAUGCUGAUCUCCCGCCCAACUAUGAGGUCAGCAUGAAUGGAGCUUUACUGCAUCUGAUUAACGUUCAGUAUGAGGAUGAAGGGAGCUACGAGUGUGAGACGCUCAACGUUAAAGGGAUGGACUGGUAUCGACAGUGGCUCUAUGUGGAAGGUGCUCCGGAGUGGGCUGAGCACAUCAAUGACACGGAGAAAGAUGUUGGAAGUGAACUAACUCUCAGAUGUGUUGCUGUGGGGAAGCCUUUACCAUGGAUACGCUGGCUGAAGGACGGCUAUUCUUACGGCAAAGGGGAGCUGAAGUUCUCCAGUCUCACGUUUGAGGAUUCGGGGAUGUAUCAGUGUAUUGCCGAGAACGAAUGGGGGAGCAUCUAUGCCAGCGCCGAGCUUCGUGUCGUCUCCUGUGCACCAACAUUCAUUUACAAUCCAGUGAAGAAGGUUCUGCUCGGGGCUGAAAACGGACGUGUGGUUAUAGAGUGCACACCACGUGCUGCUCCUAAACCCAAGUUCAUCUGGAAACGAGGCUCAGAGCUGCUGACCAACUCUUCAAGGAUGUUAAUUUGGGAUGAUGGAAGUCUGGAGAUUCUGAACGCUUCAAAAAGUGAUGAGGGCUCGUACACAUGCUAUGCUGAGAAUGACCGCGGCAAAUCCAACAGCACAGGGACCCUCACUAUCACCGAGGCCACCAAAAUCACCGUGGCUCCAUCAGACACGGAAGCGGUUGUAGGUGACACUACGAUUCUCCAGUGCUCUGCAUCAUUUGACCCCAGCCUAGACAUCACCUUCAUCUGGACUGUUGACUCCUACGUCAUCAACUUCUACACAGACUUCGAACACUACGAGCUGCUCAUGGGUCAUGAGAACAGUGGAGACCUGCUGAUCAAGAACAUUCAGGUGAGGCACGCAGGACGCUAUUCCUGCACAGCUCAGACUAUAGUGGACAACGCCACCGCAGAAGCUGAUGUUUCUGUCAAAGGUUUGCCUGGUCCUCCAGGUGGCGUCCGUGUGGAAGAGAUCGGAGACACGUCAGUAAAACUACGAUGGAGUCUGGGAUCAGACCAUGGUAGUUCUCUUAUUCAACAUGUUGUACAAACUCGAGACUUUUAUGCCCUGGAUCCCGAGGACUGGAAAACCGCAUCCACCUCUCCUGUGUUUUUGGAUGGAUCUAUGGAGUCAGCCACUGUAGAUGACCUUUACCCCUGGAUGCAAUAUGAAUUCCGUGUGCAUGCCAUCAAUGAAUUUGGAGCUGGGGAAAACAGCCGUCCAUCCAUCAAAAUCAAGACAUGGGAUGCCAGGCCUACAGUAGCUCCUUCUGACGUCAUUGGGCAAGUGGGAAUAAGCGGAGAGCUCAUCGUGACCUGGACUCCUGUAAAGCCUCAGUUCUUCUUUGGUAAAAAAUUUGGCUAUGUCGUGGCGUUCAAGCCGCAUGAGGAUUAUGAAUGGAAAUGGUCGACCGUGGAGGAUCCUGAGACUAGACGCUACGUCUACAAAGAGAGCAUGACCCCAGACACUGAGAUACAGGUCAAAGUGAGCACCUACAAUAACAAAGGAGAAGGACCCUCAAGUCUUAUAUCGGUGGUCUACUCACCAAGGCUAGCGCCGACUGAAGCUCCAUUAGACGUCUACGCCCGCCAGGUCACCUCUACAGAAGCUUUGGUCUGGUGGUUACCGGUCUACCAGGCGCCGCCAAACUGGGUCGACGGAUACCAGAUUCGUUACUGGAGGAAGUACGAUGAUAAUGAGGCUGCUGCCUCUCGAGUUAUUGUGCACAGAACAAUUAACCAAACACGUCUGGAGAACAUGCGGCCUGACUCUCACUACCUCAUAGAGGUACGAGCGUUCAACGGAGCUGGGCUCGGACCACCCAGCGAGCACUGUGAAAUGUUCACCAGGAGACCACCCCCAAGUCGCCUAUUGAGAGUCUACAAAUAUGUCAGCUUCAGUCGCAAAUGGCUCUAUCUGUAUUGGGAUCACAUCUAUAACUACUGGAAUGAGUCCUAUGUUGAGGGAUACAAGGUUUUGUUCCGGAAGGAAGGAGAGCGUUAUGGGAAGCUUUACACCACAGGCAGGCACUACAUUGACUUUCCCAUGCCAGAGACGGGCGAUUACAUCAUAGAGGUCCGAGCCCGCUGUGAGGGAGGUGAUGGACCCAUAUCACAGAUCAGAGUACAAGGUAAAGCCUCUCUGGGCCCGGAGUCUCUCAGCGUCGCCACUGUCUUGCUGCUGGCACUGGGCUGGAUGAAUUUAGGCCUGUAGGCAAAAACACUUUGGCAAAAUCCACUUUUAAGAAACAAUCUUAACAUAGUUUGAGUGCAUUUCCUUAAAGGGGUGGUUUUCAUGGUGCACAUGAAGUUUGUUUGGGAGUGUAGAAUAUAAAAAAUAUUUGUUUGUAUUUACCCUCUUGGUUUGCCUUACAAAAUACCCACAAUCAACUAAUGAAAUGGUAUUGUAAAAUAAAUAUAUGGUAGCAGGAUAUGGUGAAUUGUUUUUGAUGACUUUCCAGUCAGUUAUUCAGAAAUAAGACAUAUUUAUUUAUUUAUUAAAGAACAUGUUUUGCUAGUCAUUUUUUUCCCAUGUAUAUUAUCGCUUAUAGACAUGUUUAUAGACAUGACACUUGGUUGUCCACACAUAUUUAAUUUCCAUUUGACAAUGUUUACAAAUCUAUUUUUGUGGCUGUGUUUGAUUUUAAAAUUCUUAUUAUUCCUAGUAUUUUGCCACAAGUUUACAUUGAUAUUUUCAUUUGUAUAUCAGUAAACAUUGAAAACAUCACCAAACAAAGUGCUUCUCAGUUUGUCUUCCUUUAUCAAGUUGUACAUGUCAGAAAGAUUGAAACUACCAGUUACAGUUGCUAUAUUUAAAAUCCAGCUAUUAAAGUUUUUAUCUAAAAAAAAACAAA